AAGAGGAAGACAAAGACGGCGGGGUGCUGUUUCACGUGAACAAGAGCGGCUUCCCCAUCGACAGCCACACCUGGGAGCGCAUGUGGAUGCACGUGGCCAAGGUGCACCCCAAGGGGGGAGAAAUGGUGGGCGCCAUCAGGAACGCCGCCUUCUUGGCUAAGCCAUCCAUACCCCAGGUUCCAAACUACAGGCUCUCAAUGACGAUGCCCGACUGGCUCCAGGCCAUCCAGAAUUACAUGAAGACCCUGCAAUACAAUCAUACAGGGACCCAGUUCUUUGAAAUUAGGAAAAUGAGACCGCUGAGCGGGUUAAUGGAAACUGCAAAGGAAAUGACCAGAGAGUCCUUGCCUAUCAAAUGUCUCGAAGCUGUCAUCUUGGGCAUAUACCUCACCAACGGGCAGCCUUCCAUUGAGCGAUUCCCCAUCAGCUUUAAAACCUACUUCUCAGGAAACUGCUUCCACCAUGUUGUGCUGGGGAUUUAUUGCAAUGGCCGCUAUGGCUCCCUUGGUAUGAGCCGAAGGGCUGAGCUGAUGGACAAGCCAUUGACCUUUCGGACUCUGAGUGACCUCAUCUUUGACUUUGAAGACUCCUACAAGAAGUACCUGCAUACAGUCAAGAAGGUCAAGAUUGGACUGUACGUUCCCCACGAGCCUCAUAGCUUCCAGCCCAUUGAGUGGAAGCAGAUCGUCCUCAAUGUCUCAAAGAUGUUGAGGGCCGACAUAAGGAAGGAGCUAGAGAAAUAUGCCAGGGACAUGAGAAUGAAGAUCCUGAAACCUGCAAGUGCCCACUCUCCUACCCAGGUGAGAAGCCGAGGGAAAUCCCUGUCCCCCCGAAGGAGGCAGGCCAGCCCCCCGAGACGACUGGGCAGACGAGACAAAUCGCCUGCGCUGCCUGAAAAGAAGGUGGCAGACCUCAGCACUCUGAAUGAAGUGGGCUAUCAAAUCCGAAUCUAGCUCUGCCCAGAGGAGAGCUUCUGUGGUGCUUCUCUGUACCUUACCAGCAUCUUCACGAGGAAUGGCAGCGGUUUAUUCAGAGCGUGUGGAUCUUAUUUUCAGGAUUCACCUGGAAAUGAACAGGUGAUAACAAUUAACCUUACAACAUUCACCAAGGGGCCGUCGUGAAAACACUCAAGAAGCACACCCCACUGGGGUCGGAUUGCCCCCUCAAGAUCCGCAGGCUGACAACCUUAGAACAGUAGCUUUGUACUUCCCCCUCUGCCUAUUUUCUUUUCCUACUUUUGAACGUUCUAACGCCUCACCAGUCACCAAUGUUCAUGAAACCCUCUCCCCCACUUUUGGUACAGUAAGGUAACUCAACCAAUAUUAAUCUUUUUCAGCAAUAACAGAUGGGUGGGUUCUUUUUAAGCAGUCAAUAUUACCUCAGCAUCUUGACAUCAAAUAUGCAAACUUAAUGGUGUUUUUGUUUUCUAAGAUUCUAUUUGUAUUGUCUCCCCAGAAUUUUUCAUGGAGAUCUCUACAAGUUGGGAGUUGGCAUGCCCCUCCCCCACUUCUUUUCCUGGUGCACACAUAGAAGACUUGGUGUUUUAUGCAAGGGUUUUACUAAAAAGCACUGAAAUUUUUCUGGCAAUACGGGAAACCAUUUUCAGGAUCUUAGAGUUACUUCCUUCUUAAUCUUUCUAAACCAUUCACCAACAGCAGGUUUUUAUCCUUUCCAAACAAAAAUUAAAUUAAAUUUAAAUUUAAAGACCACAUUUAGAAGCUAACAUUGAAACUUUGCAGAUUUCAGCAAAAGGCGCACGAGGUCAGGCACGGCCCCACAGGCUUACCAGUGCUGUGAUCACCCUGGCAAUGCCCGCAGAGGCAGUCAGGUUUGGGAACCAGAUAAGCGUGUGGUUCACAUUUCCCCUGAAGUUUAAACUCUUUGAGUCGCACUUUGAUCCUGAGGACUCACUGCUGUUGAGAUGUUUUCUAAUGUCUUAUAUUAAGACCAAAUAUAACAAUGUGUUGUUUUUUUCUCUCAGUACCUUGCUUUUUAGGUACCACUUCAUAACUUUUAGGAACAAAUAGUGGAAAAUAAAAUGAAUUAAAGAAUCAGAACUUUUUUUAAUGGAAAACUCUUCCGGUCCAGUGUUACACCUUAUAGUGUGAUGUGAUUAAUCCAGGAAGCACAGUAUCCAUAUCUGGCUUGCAUUUGCUAGUUACAGUGUAACUUCUGUUGGCUGGCCAUGCAGAAUAACUCUGACAACAUACACUGUAUGUUAUCAAGCAUACAGUUUCUACUACGUUAGUUUCAUCUUAGUAACCAUGUCAACUGUUGAGACCAAGAGGCAUGUUAAGUGAAGUCCCUUGGUUGACAAAAAAUUAUUUCAAUCUCAUUGCUUCUUUCUGGUUUUGUUUGACCCAGGCAGUUAUAGCAAGGGUAUGUGAAAAGCCUAACAACAACAACAACAACAACAACAACAAACUAGUUCAUUGAGAUUCAUUACCAAUAGCCUCUGCUGGUGACCUGGAAGCAACACUUAAGCCUUUAGCCUUGUGCACUUACCCCUAAAAGUCAAUGCCAUUAAUCGUAAGUAUUGAUUUCUUUUAAAAAGAAGGAAGUCUAACAUCCUUUUCACAAAUAGGACUGAGUUUGUGUACACCUCAAUUAUGUUAAAACGAAGUACACGUUAAAAAUUUUGUUCUUACUUUCUGCAAGACUAUAUCAUCUGUUGGUACAACUAAAAAUGAGUUACCAUUGUCUGCCUUCACAAGACAAACCCAGAGAUGCCACAUGCACUUAGACGUCAGGCAUAGUCCGUAAAUCAUUUCAUUCUCAUUCUAAAAUGACUUAGUCAUCUUCUGUGUAGAUAAAUGCCCUGUUUAUCAAUCUGAAGCAUUAUUAUAUCCAGCAAGGAGACUACUUUGCAGCCAUAUUAAGAACUUGGAAUAGGAUUGGCUACAUGCUACUUAAAUCUUGUUCCUUCUAAAAUAUAGGAUGUCAAGUAGUUGUAUAGCUGUUUCCCACAAAAAGGAAAUAAAGAUUAGGAAUAAAAACUGUUUCUGAUGUGCUGAUAUGUAAGCCUUAAAACUCUCAGCUGGCUUGAUCACUUAGAAACCUAACUUCUUCCAUUAUCAUUUCUUGACUUUAAAAUUCAUUUCCUAAUGCAAAGGUUAAUCGUAGAAGUGUCAAAAUUCAUUUAAAAUGCUCUUCAUUGUCUAUUUUGAUUUUCUACAGAAUGUUAAUUUUUAAAAAGCUAAAGGAAAGGUACCAAACCUCUAAAUUCUAGUGCAUUUGAUUAAAGAACUAUUUAGACAAAAAACCAAAAUGAGCUAUUUUACUCCCCAAAAUAUUGAUUUUUUAAAGACUAUCAUUGAAGAAAGAAAACUGAAGCUGAUUUGAAAUGUAGUUUUAAAUAAGUUAAAAAUGCAAGAGAAAUUUAUGCUUAAGCUAUUAUGGCAAUAUAUGCAAAGUUUAACUGAAUGACAAAAAACCUGGAUUUUAGACUGUGUUGUGCUGUUUUGAGUACACUUUAUUUCAGAAAGUCGUAUUUAGUAUUUUCUAUAUACUGAAAUCAUAAGCAUUUCACUUUUUCUAAGUCAAUUAUUUCAUAAGGGUUUUAUUACUAGAUAUUGGUAAAUAGAACUUUGGGAAUUUUACUUCAGUAUUAUUAAACGAGGUUUUUGUAACCUGUAGUUUUAUGUACAAUCUUGUACAGUUUUUUUGACACACAACUCUGUAUUUGUUUAUUUUCUUGGACUUUGUCCCAGCCAAUACAUUUUUUUUUUAAUCUUUAAGAAAAACUGUGAUUGUUUUAGUGGUAUUUUUCUAAGUAAAUGAAAACUUGUACAGUGGUAUUUUAGAGAAUGCCAUGUAAGUGCAUGUUUAAUGUUUUUCUCUUCACUUGUAUGUUUAUAUACAGCAUGGACUUUAAUAAAAUCAUCUUGAAGCUUA